CGAUCGCUUUCAAACUCUGCUAACGGGACAGGUCAGCUCUGCACAGGGGAAGCGGCGUCUCCUCGGAUCUGAUGAGCAGCGGGACUGAGCUGAAGCAGCCUCAGUGACCACACCCACUCUCCGCAGUUUUCGGGCGUGUUUCUGUGUUAAGUUUUCAGGCUUCAGAAACAAACAGCGGGCUGGUUGCGGUUUUGUUUUGAAACGAAAUGACAGUUUGCAGUAUGCAAACGCAUUAACAAGUGUUGUCUUAACUGUGUAUUUCAAUUUAUUGAAUGUAAAACAUUUCCUUAGGUGUAAAUAAAUAAAUAACGACCGGAAAGAUGAACCGAGGAGCAGGGGUAGAUGCUGCGGGUGAGUCGAAAGAGACCGGAGGUACCGAUGCCAACCCAGGCGGCGGAACAGAAGCAGGUACCGGGGAGCCGGAUUCAGUUCCCCCCGGUACCGACGCUUCAGGACUAGAUGUCGUGUCCAUGCUUUGGACUUUUGGGAAGUGUUUGGGGUCGCUUUUGCCCGUGUAUCUGGCUGGGUAUUUGGGGCUUGGCAUCGGCGUCGUGGUUUUCGGGCUAAUGCUGUACAUGGGAUGGAAGUUUGUUCGGGAAGGCAAAGAGAACCGGCUGCGGUCCGCCAUGUACUUUCUGGAGAAUGAAGAAGACGUCACUACCGGCAGGAUUUUCAGGAGCAAACGGGACCUACCCGCCUGGGUAAACUUCCCUGAUGUGGAGAGAGUGGAAUGGCUGAACAAGAUUCUGCAGCAGGCCUGGCCCUUCGUAGGGCAGUAUCUGGAGAAGCUGCUGGUGGAGUCGAUCGCUCCCACUAUCCGGGACUCCAACCCACACCUGCAGACCUUCACAUUCACCAAGGUCAACCUAGGAGACAAGGCUCUCAGAGUGAUUGGGAUGAAGGCUCACACUGAAAUGGACAAAAGGCAGGUUCUGCUGGACUUGUAUGUCAGCUAUGUCGGGGAUGUUGAAAUCAACGUGGAGAUAAAGAAGUAUUUCUGCAAAGCCGGAGUGAAGGGUAUCCAGCUGCACGGAAUGCUGCGUGUCAUUCUGGAGCCCCUGAUUGGGGACGUACCACUAGUGGGCGCCAUCACGAUGUUCUUCAUUCAACGACCUAGGCUGGAUAUCAACUGGACCGGCAUCACAAACCUGCUGGACAUCCCCGGGCUCAACGCCUUCUCCGACACGAUGAUCAUGGAUACCAUCUCUUCUUUCCUGGUGCUGCCCAACCGGCUCACAGUGCCCCUAGUGGCGGACCUCCACGUUGCACAGCUCCGCUCUCCACUGCCCCGGGGUGUCGUCCGGAUCCACCUGAAGGAAGCUCAGAACCUCCUCUCCACGGACACCUUGCUGGGGGGGGCGAUCAAGGGCAAGUCCGACCCCUACGUGAUCCUGAGGGUGGGCACCCAAACCUUCACCAGCAAGACUGUGGACGACAACCUGAACCCCAAGUGGAACGAGAUGUACGAGGUCAUUGUCCAUGAGGUCCCGGGGCAGGAGCUGGAGUUGGAGGUGUUUGAUAAAGACCCCGACCAGGAUGAUUUCCUGGGCAGACUGAAGAUGGACCUGGGGUGUGUCAAAAAGGCACGAGUCCUUGAUCAGUGGAUGCCGCUCAAGGACGUGGAGAAGGGGAGAGUUCACCUGCGCCUAGAGUGGCUUUCUCUGCUCUCUACCACCUCCAAACUGGAGCAGGUGCUUCAGCAGAACAGUAUCCUCAGCACCAAGAUCAGCGAGCCGCCCUCGGCAGCCAUCCUGGCUGUGUACCUGGACCGAGCACAGGAGCUUCCUAUGAAGAAGGGGAACAAGGACCCCAGCCCCGUGGUGCUGCUGUCAGUGCAGGACACGACCAGGGAGAGCCGGACCUGCUAUGGCACCAAUAACCCCGUGUGGGAGGAUGCCUUCCACUUCUUCAUCCAGAACCCCCAUACCCAGGACCUGGACAUCCAGGUGAAGGACGACUCCCGGCAGCUCUCCCUGGGCUCGCUGUCCCUGCCCCUGGGCCGCCUGCUCAACAGCCAGGACCUCACACUGGACCAGUGGUUCCAGCUGGAAAACUCCGGGCUGGCCAGCCGCAUCUACAUGAAGGCUGUGCUGAGGAUCUUGUUCCUGGACGGUGUCCCCCCCAAGUCUCCCCUGAACUCCUCUCUCUCAGUGCCGCUCCCACAGGGGGGAGAGGGAGUGGUGACAGAGGAGAGAGCCCCCGAGGGGACCAGCGUAGACCCGCCUCCCCGCGUGCCCCGCCCUGAAUACAGCUCUGCGGAUGACAGCUUCGCUACAGAGGGGGUGCUGCAUAUCCACCUGCUGGAAGCUCAGAACCUCAUUGCCAAGGAUAACUUCUUAAAGGGGAUGGUUAAAGGGAAGAGCGACCCGUACGUGGUGACCCGGGCCGGUGGUGUGACUUUCCGUAGUCAUGUGAUCAAGGAGAACCUCAACCCUCGCUGGAGUGAGCUGUACGAGGUGAUCAUGACAGAGGUGCAGGGACAGGAAGUGGAGUUUGAGCUGUUUGACAAGGAUGUGGAUGCGGAUGACUUCCUGGGGAGGUUAAAGAUUGGCCUGAGAGAGAUCAUUACCAACCAGUACACUGAUGAGUGGUUCACCCUGUCUGAUGUGAAGUCCGGUCAAAUUCACCUGAUUCUGGAGUGGCUGCCAAGAGUGGCUGACCCUAGCAAUCUACAGCAGGUCCUGCACACAAACAUGCUGGUUUCCUACCAGAACAAAGUCCAUCCCUCUGCUGCCAUUCUGUCUGUCUAUGUGGACCGUGCUCAUGCACUUCCUUUGAAGAAAAACCUGAAAGAGCCCAAGGCAGGAGCAGAGCUGUCUCUGGGAGGGGUAGUUCACAGAACCAAGGUGUGUGAGAUCUCUACUGCCCCCGUGUGGGAGGAGGCCUUCACUUUCCUGGUCAAGAACCCCUACGAGGACAUGCUGCUGGUCAAGCUCUCUCACUCCUGGGGUCUGCCUCUGGGCUCCUUGGUCGUCUCAAUGAAGGAGGUUCUGGCCGGAACGGACCUCACUGUUGACCGCUGGUUCCAGCUGGACGGAGCCGGACCCGAGAGUCAAAUCCUGCUGCGCGCCACACUCCGGAUUCUGGUGCCCAAGUCAACAGAUUGCGCAGUGCGAGAGGGGGGACCUGAAUUUAGGACAGCACUAGUUGCAGACAGCACCACCCCUGGAGAGAGCAUGGAACUGCAGGAGGAGCCCAUCCCCGUCAAUAUCUCUAGCAAGGAGGAGUCUGGGACCAGUCAAGACCUGAGGCACAGACAGGUGUCUGCACAGAGUGCGAGUGAGCAGGUGGCGUCCCCUCUGGGUCAGGUGCGAUUAACCCUUUACUACCAGUCCCAGGAGAAGAGGCUGCUGGUGACGGUGCACUCCUGCAGGAAGCUGAAGGCCUGCUCAAAAGAUGGCUCUGACCCCUACGUGUCUCUGAUCCUGCUGCCGGACAAGAACCGACUGACCAAGAGGAAGACUGCGGUCAAGAAGAGGUCCCUGAACCCAGACUACAAUGACAAGUUUGAGUUCGACAUGGGGCUGGAGGAGGUUCAGAAGAGGGGGCUGGAGGUCUCUGUGAAGAACAGCGUCUCCUUCAUGUCACGAGAGAGGGAGCUCAUCGGGAAGGUCCUGAUUGACCUGUCGCAGGUUGAUUUGGUCUCUGGGGUCGGUAAAUGGUAUGAUCUGCAGGAAGAAGCCGCAUAACAGCUUUAGAAGCAUUCAGAAAACCACCCGUCCCAACCUCUGCAACGCCUUUUAACUGCUUCGGAGAAUAUACUAUAUAAUCAGAUUUUGUAUUUUAUUUGAUAUUAAGUUUUUACUUCAUCACACUGUUCUGCUUUAAAUAGUGCAUUUUUUUAAAAUCUUGCCAUUCCAUUUUACUGAGUUUUUAUAUCAAUAUACGGCUAUAUUUGCCUUAGUAUUAUGUGCACUGAAUUGUACACUCCUUUAAGUUGUUUUUUUAAUGAAGAAGUAAACGACUUUUUUUUUUAAUUAUUAUUACUGUUAUUAGCAGGUACUAAUUUGGCCAAACGGUGGAGUCCUUAGGAAGGCCAUAAGUAAGCAGUAAGACCUGACAGGGUGGGCAGUGUUGGGCCCAAGGGCGAAUUUAUAGCCCCUGGAAGGUCCAGUACUUCACAAUACAGCCUACCUGAGUAGGAGGCUAAAGGAUAUUAUGCAGAUACUUUUUUAUUUCCUGGUCAGGUAUUGAAAGUUAAUGUACCCCACCUGUCGAGGGUACUAGCCAAUGAGAUGCCAGGAAAUAAAAAGCCAAUUUUCUAAAGAUUAAUAAAUGCAUACAAGGACCGAAUAUUAGGAACACCUGCCAUAACACUGUCAGCAGGGUGCAUCCAUCCAUCAUACCUGCUUUUCCAUAGUGACUGAAACUGAAGAGGCAGCUUUAUAUAUAUUACACAACACAUGUUUAAAGUUGCAUAACAAACGAAGGCAAGCCCGGGCCGUUUACACAAGCGUGUGCUGCUGAUGUGUUUCUGAUGUGUUUGCCCUGUACACUCCAUGGUUGGUGCUUGUGUUCGUAAUGAAGGUUUCUAUUCAGUUUCACUUGAAGGAUUUGUAUUAUCUACAUGUUUUUUUUUAUAUUUAUUAUUAUUUUAAAAUGCUGUGCUAUAGAAGAUUGCCAAUUCCGGAGUGCUGUAUUACCCCAUCCUUCACCUUAAAUCCCAGACUAGACGUUAACCAAAUGAUCUUUGUGCGCAAGGGCAGCUCCCAUUGGUAGAAUGGUACCAUUCCACCUGGUAAUCCAUUUCAAAACAGUUGUAGCAUAGUAGUGAACUGAGCCAACAAAUGCAGUAUUUAUUGUGUGUUUGUGUCUUUUGAAUGUGAUGCCUGUCCUGUUGAGAUUUGCAAAGACUAUCACUCUGUAACAGCAACUAUAGUAAUAAAAUAACUAUAUAGUAUAUAUAUAUAGUAAUAAUAAUAGCUGUAGCUUGCAUUUCAUGAUGCCUAUGAAGUCAAGGUUGUUCUUAUUCCAAUAGCAGCACUCCUUAAACUCUGUGCCUAUAUCAUACACACUGUCCCUGAACUGCCACAUGUUGUGCUAAGUGUCAGUGUAUUCAUGGAUAUGCAUGUCACAGUGUUAUUGCAAUGGGGUCUGUAUAACAUGAGGGAGAUCUCCAGGGGGGCUUUUUUUAAAGAGAGGGGGUUAACUUCACAUACACCUUUAGGAAAUAAGUACUGUGUUUGUUUUUUAAAGUAUUGUUUUAUUGUGGACCAAGCACUUGUCCAAAUAAAUGACCAAAGAUCUUUUUAUGGAGAAAAAUGAUGAUCUUGUCUUUACAUUUUUUCUUUCACCUGUUUUACUGUUCUUCAUUUGCACCUAAUUUAAUAUGCCAUUCAUACUUUCAUACAAACAAGAGAAGGCUUAAACACUGCGCACAUUUAAGAUCUAUAAAAAAAAAACACACUUUAAAAUGCAGGUUAGUAGUAUUCAGCUGGAGUAUAUACAUGCUUCUAUUCAUUAUUAUUAAUUAGUCUAGACAUUUAGCAGACGCUUUUAUCCAAAGUAACUUACAGAUACUAGGGGGCAACUGCUGCAGAGUCUCACAACAGGACCUUGUUUGUUUUACGUCUCAUCCGAAGGACGGCACACAAGGAGGUUAAGUGACUUGCUCAGGGUCACACACAGGGAGUCAGUGGCUGAGCGGGGAUUAGAACCGGGGACCUCCUGCUAUCAAGCCCUCUUCUUUAACCACUUGACCCCCAAGCUGUGUUGAAUCUGUGGGCUGUGGCUUUGAGAAGGUAGUUUAUGCUUCUUUGCGAGGCUUGCUGAGUGUAAUGCUUUUGGAUGCUGCUGGGACUGUAACGCAGCUCCUUUUAUCGAUACCACUGACCUGUACAACAUGUAUGUAUUACUACAGUAUAGUAUGUAUAAAGCUGUGUGUAUAACUACAGUACAGUAUGUAUAAAGCUGUGUGUAUAACUUCAGAACAGUAUGUAUAAAGCUGUGUGUAUAACUACAGUACAGUAUGUAUAAAGCUGUGUGUAUAACUUCAGAACAGUAUGUAUAAAGCUGUGUGUAUAACUACAGUACAGUAUGUAUAAAGCUGUGUGUAUAACUACAGUACAGUAUGUAUAAAGCUGUGUGUAUAACUACAGAACAGUAUGUAUAAAGCUGUGUGUAUAACUACAGAACAGUAUCUAUAAAGCUGUGUGUAUUACUACAGAACAGUAUCUAUAAAGCUAUGUGUAUAACUUCAGAACAGUAUGUAUAAAGCUGUGUGUAUAACUACAGUACAGUAUGUAUAAAGCUGUGUGUAUAACUACAGUACACUAUGUAUAAAGCUGUGUGUAUAACUACAGUACAGUAUGUAUAAAGCUGUGUGUAUAACUACAGAACAGUAUGUAUAAAGCUGUGUGUAUAACUACAGUACAGUAUCUAUAAAGCUGUGUGUAUUACUACAGAACAGUAUCUAUAAAGCUGUGUGUAUAACUACAGUAUCUAUAAAGCUGGAUCUCAACUGUAAAUAAAGUACUUUACUUGCACUGCUCAAUCUAA